CCAGAAACUCGUAUAAAUUCUAAAUAUACAGCGUCAGUUUUUCACUUUGUCACGUCACUUGAGAGCUGAGGCGAAAAAGGAAAAAAAAAAAAAGAAAAGGAAAAAAUAAAAGUCGCAUUCUCUCUCGUCGCUGGUCUCGUCGUUUGGUUGAUCUCAGAUUCAGUCUUCGCCAUGGCGGAGCAUGCUUCUUACGGAUUGGGUCCUCGAUUAGACAUUCAACAAUUACAAUUUGAAGCUCAGCAUCGGUGGUUGCGACCUGCAGAAAUUUGUGAAAUUCUUCGUAAUUAUCGGAUGUUUCACAUCACAUCAGAACCUCAUAACAGGCCACCGAGUGGUUCACUUUUUCUUUUUGAUCGGAAGGUUUUGAGAUACUUUAGAAAGGAUGGGCAUAAUUGGCGAAAGAAAAGAGAUGGGAAAACUGUGAAAGAAGCUCAUGAAAAGUUGAAGGUUGGAAGUGUUGAUGUGUUACACUGCUACUAUGCACAUGGAGAAGAAAAUGAAAAUUUUCAAAGGCGAAGCUAUUGGAUGCUUGAACCGGAUAUGAUGCACAUUGUAUUUGUCCAUUACUUGGAUGUUAAGGGUAACAAGACAAAUAUUGGAGGAAAUACUGAUAGUGAUGAGGUCACAUCAGAUUCGCAUAAGGUCACCUCUCCAUCAUCUGGCUUUCACUCACCUUAUAGCAGUGUGCCAUCACUGAGUACAGAUUCUGUGAGCCUGGCUACCAGUUUGACAUCUUUACAUGAAGAUGCUGAUUCUGGUGAUCAUGGACAAUCAUCAAUUUCCGGAACAGAUUAUAUACCAGUCUUGCAAAGCACUGUUGAAUUGGGUAGUAACCCUACUCAUGCAUUGUUUCCUUCUAUCCCAUCUAGUUCAAUGGGAAACAUCCUUGAGCAAGAACAUACUGUUUUUGAUGACCUUUUAAUGAGCAAAAAUGGUCUUGCUAAGGAAGCUGAGAGCUCUCAGUCUCUCGAAUCAAAUUGGCAGAUUCCUUUUGACGACAAUUCAGGACACAUGCCGACAUUAGCCCAAUCAUUGAGUUUGGAAUUUGGAUCUGAUUAUGAAUCUGGUUUACUUGGGAAUGAAACUCAUAAUGCAAGGUCUGAAAUUGCUCCGAUCCUAUAUAGUUUUGAUGGUGAGCUAAAAGAGCAGCCUAUGCAGCAAAAUUAUCCAGAAGGGCAUGCUGGUGAACAAUCUCAACAUGCACUAAAAUCAAAUUCUACAAAUAAAGUUCAUGGUGAAGAAACUAUCAACUAUACCUUAACUGUAAGGCGCUCAUUAUUGGACAGAGACGAGAGCCUGAAGAAGGUUGAUAGCUUCUCUCGGUGGAUUUCCAAAGAACUUGGAGAAGUGGCUGAUUUGAAUAUGCAGUCCUCACCUGGUAUUUCAUGGAGUACAGAUGAAUAUGUGCAUGCAAUAGAUGAUAACUCAUUGAGCCCAUCUCUCUCUCAGGACCAACUGUUUACCAUAAAUGAUUUUUCUCCUAAAUGGGCUUAUUCUGAGUCUGAAAUUGAGGUGUUGAUUAUUGGAUCAUUUUUGAAGAGUCAACCGGAGGUGACAACUUGUAAUUGGUCCUGUAUGUUUGGGGAAGUUGAGGUUCCUGCUAAGAUUUUAGAUGAUGGAAUUUUGUGCUGUCAAGCUCCACCUCAUAAGGUUGGACGCGUCCCUUUCUAUGUAACGUGUUCCAAUAGGUUAGCUUGUAGUGAAGUGCGGGAAUUCGAUUUCAGAGAGGGCCUUGCCAGAAAUGUAGAUUUUUCAGAUUUUUUUAAUAGUUCAACUGAAAUGCUGCUUCAUUGGCGACUGGAAGAGUUUCUUUCUUUAAAGCCAGUGGAUUCUUCAAAUCAAACCUUUGAGGGUGAUGUGGAAAAAAGAAACUUAAUUUUUAAGCUUAUUGCUCUGAGAGAGGAAGAAUAUUCAAACAGGGAAGAACCAACUGUAGAGAUGGAUAUAUCCCAAUACAAGGUGAAGGAGCUUCUGUUUCACAGGCAGAUUAAAGAGAAGCUGUAUUCAUGGCUUCUUCACAAAGUAACUGAGAAUGGUAAAGGGCCAAACAUAUUAGAUAAGGACGGGCAGGGUGUGCUACAUUUAGCAGCUGUUCUUGGUUAUGAUUGGGCCUUAAAUCCAAUCAUAUCUGCUGGAGUUAAUAUCAACUUCCGAGAUGUGAAUGGAUGGACAGCUGUUCAUUGGGCUGCAUCCUUUGGCAGAGAGCGGACAGUUGCUGUCCUUGUCUCCAUGGGUGCAGAAUCUGGAUUAUUCACAGAUCCAUCUCCAUCAUUUCCUGGCGGUAGAACAGCUGCAGAUCUUGCCUAUAGCAAUGGGCACAAAGGAAUCUCUGGUUUUCUUGCUGAGUCUUCAUUAACUCACCAUCUUGCAACACUCACAAUGGAUGAUCAACAUAAAGGUGGUAGGCAAGAAAUUUCAGGAAUGAAAGCAGUGCAGACAGUUUCAGAACGAACUGCAACACCUGUGCACUAUGGUGAUAUGCCAGAUGUCCUCUGCCUUAAGGAUUCACUUACUGCUGUGCGUAACGCAACACAAGCUGCUGAUCGUAUUCAUCAAGUAUAUAGAAUGCAGUCAUUUCAGCGGAAGCAGUUAACUCAGUAUGAAGACGAUGAGUUUGGCUUGUCAGAUCAGCAAGCUCUUUCCCUUCUAGUUUCUAAGGCCUACAAAUCUGGACAAGGAGAUGGUUUAGCCAAUGCAGCUGCUAUACAAAUACAGAAAAAGUUCCGUGGUUGGAAGAAGAGAAAAGAAUUUUUGAUUACUCGUCAAAGAAUUGUUAAAAUCCAGGCCCAUGUAAGAGGUCAUCAGGUAAGGAAACAGUAUAAAACAAUCAUCUGGUCUGUGGGAAUCUUGGAGAAGGUCAUAUUACGCUGGAGGCGCAAAGGUAGUGGUUUACGUGGAUUUCGACCAGAUGCCCUUAAUAAAGUCCCCAUUCAACAAAAUGAUUCUGUGAAAGAGGAUGAUUAUGAUUAUCUCAAGGAAGGACGGAAACAAAAAGAGGAAAAAAUCCAAAAGGCCCUAUCAAGGGUGAAGUCCAUGGUUCAGUAUCCAGAGGCACGGGCUCAAUACCGGCGGCUACUAAAUGUUGUUGAGGACUUCCGCCAAACCAAGGCAUGUAAUGUGGGUUUGAUCAAUUCUGAAGAGACAGUUGAUGGGGUAGAGGACUUGAUUGAUAUUGAUAUGCUUUUAGAUGAUGAUAAUUUCAUUCCUAUAGCAUUUGAUUGACCUGCAAUGGAAACUCUUAUCAUCCCCGCUGCAAAUACAUGGCCAGUUGGCUUUAUCUGGCAUUGGGGAAGUCUUAACAUCUUGUUGUAUAUAUUUCUAAUCAAAAUUACUUGGACCCAAGGCUGCAUAUAAAUAGAUUAUGAUCGCUAGCAUGCACUCUGGUUUGACAAUUUAGAUAUUGUAAUCUAAUGAAACAUGGCUUGAUUUUAUUUAUGGUGAUUUUUGUAUGACAGGAUGGUUCUGUUUAUAGAUGGAUGGGGGUUAUAACAUAAAUGGUGUAACUUGCCAAUGUAUAACUGCAAUUUGUACAAAAGACUAUGGCGAGAGGAAUGUCACCAAAUGCUAAUUAUGAUAAGCCUGUUUAAUCGCUUACUUUUUUAUUUACUUAGGCAAUUUGUCAGUUUAGUCGUAUCCUUCUCAUUUUUCUUAGUUUUCCAUUUUAGCAUGUUUACUUUUGUGCUGUGGAAGAUAUUGACAUUAGGUUCUUGGUUUAUCAUGCAUUUCUUUCAGCCUUAUUAUGUACACAUCGCCUCUGAUAAUCUCCUUCCUUCUUGUUCCUGUACGGUUGCAAUGUACCGGGUUUUGUUUGUAAUCAUCGCAUAAUUGGAAAAUUUAGCACAGCUUCAAUAAGACUUAUUUAAU